CAGAGAGUCAGCAGGUCACCUGUCGGAUGAGCGAGGGCUCGGGGAAAGUGCCAAGGGUCACCCACGGCCGUGUACGCCCAGGCAAAGGUCUUUGCAUAAACGAUGGUCAUGUACAGCAGGAACACGAUGACGAGGGCCGACAGGACCAUGGCCACGGCCCGCGUGGCCAGUAGGGUGACGGCAAAGGCCGACGGCAGGCGUGGACGGGCCAUGGUGUCUGUCGCCGGCACCAGCGACCGAGGCUACAGCCCACUGUAGAGGUGCCGGGACCGCCUGUGUUGCUUCUAAUUUGGGGGGGCCGUGGGGGUGUGUGUGUGUGUGCCAAGGUCACGUCGUCGGCACGCGCGGGGCUGGUCUAGAGGUUGGUCGGGCUAGGGUGGGCGACACUGGAAAUGGUGAUUGUCGAUGGAAGGAACGAUUGAGACAGGCUGAGUUUGCGACCAGAAAAAAAAAAAGACAAAUGCAUGAAGAAAGCAAAUGGCAGUUUGCGAAUCCUCGCAUCAAGACCUGUCGUCUUACGGCAGCCCAAGCAAACCCACCCCAGUCAGGGCCGCUCAGCUCGGCGAGCCACUGAGAAAACACUAAAAAAGCGACAAUCAUCCCAACUUCAACUUGAAUCGAACUCGACAGGAUCAAUCAGCCAAGCGCAGCAGCCUCGGGCUACCAGACGUCUCAAAAUAAAAGCGACAGGCAGAGACGGACAGUUACUACAAAUUCGAGCGACGAGGAUAAGCAGAAGCUGGCGAGGCUGGCACCCUGGCCAAUAGCCUUGAUUACCAGCCAGGCACCACAGUAAUCUGACCCGACACAGCCACUUCAGCAAAUGUGCUUCUCCCUGGGCCUUCUUUGCUGGCCGCACUCUCCCAGCCCGCCACCACAGUCAACCCUGGGUGAAACAAGACUCCAUAUUACUGUUUGCGCACCGCCAACAGCGAGGCUCAUGGCCAUGCCGCCAUGGCCACGCCGCCGCGUCCCCUGCCGGGCUGCUCCCCGCACCCAGGCCAAGACCCAGGCCAAGACUUGCCCCGGAUGGUCUGCAUGUAUAUAUCGUUGGAAAAUCCCGGCUUGAUUUUUUUUCCCUUGCUGAAGAGACAGAAUCGCCAACCAUAUCGGCCACAUUGAAAGCCGGGCCCAGAAACAAACACCAACCAGUCCAACACCAAAUCACACCCCAUCCCCACCAACAGCAACCAUGCGCUCCGUCGCAGCGCUGCUCCUGGCCCUGGGCCUGCCGGUCCUCGCCGACCUCAACGCCCAGGUCAUGCCCCAAGAGUGUAUGGCCCUGAACGGCCACAUGGGCUGCUCUGAGAACCACACCCGCAUCUGCAUCUACAAGGACGUUGUGACAAGGACGCAGAAGUCGAAGACUAUGGGCGGCAGCUGCAAGCCGUCCAGCGCUGACGCUAGCAGGAAACGUGACGUAACCAGCAGAUCCCCAGUCCCUCCCCCCGACGUGCUCGAGGAGACCUACGCCCGCAGAAUACACGACCAGCCCAGCCGCAUGCGCUGGUCCCCGCGCGCCCGCGCCCGCUCCCUCUUGCCGAAUGGUAACCCGGCCCCCACUGGCGGCAGCAGCGACAGCAGCGACAGCAGCGACAGCAGCGACAGCAGCGACAGCAGCGACAGCACCGCCGCCACUGGCGACGAGGCCGCCGUCGUCCCCGAUGUUGCUGGCGGAUCGUCUGGGGUCUACGUCCCCGAUUACGCCGGCGGUUCUGCGCCCCCAGCCGCCGCCGGCCUCGACCCCGGUUUGGACGCGGCGUCGAUGGCUGACAACACUAACACGGACUCUUCUGCUGGCGCUGGUUCUGGCCUUGCCGACAACGCUAACGCUGGUCCUGCCGGUAAAGCUAACCCCGCGAGCCCAGGCUCCGGCUCAGGUUCCGGCCCUGCCUCCGGUUCGGCCUCCGGUUCGGGACUCGAGGCUCUCACGGCAGCCCUCGGUUCUAUGGGUGGCUCUAACACGAACCUCAAGCAACAGCCCACUGACAACAAGCCAGAUAACAGUCCAGACGCCAACCCUAACAACAAGCCCGAAAGCAAAGCUGACAGCAAGCCCGGCAGCAGCCCUAACACUAAGCCAAGCAUCAGCCCCAGCACCAAGCCCGCAAGCGACUCCAACAGCGAUGAUCUCGACAACGUGUUCGACGCCAAGAGCACGGCCGACGGCGCCAAGAAGAAGAAGCCCAAGUUCUGGAUGACGUCUCGCGAGUGCCGCACGCGCCACGAGUCCAUCAGGACGUGCCUCGGCGGCCGCCGCAUGUGCCGCUUCAAGGUCCGCCGCACCGGCCAGCUGCGCUACGCCCCGAUGGCCGGCUCGUGCAGGCCCAUGGGCAGCGGCAGCGUCCUAAUGAAGAAGCCCGCAGGCGGCCACCGCCAUCACGGCCCCGGCGUCCCCGCCAAGGGCGGCAAGGGCGGUAAGCACGGGAAGCACGGCAAGUCGGGCUCCACCACCAUCGUCAUCAACACGGGCACCAGCAACAACAACAACAAUAACGGCAACGGCAACCGUGACACAGCCAACGGCAGCCCCGCCAAGGGCGGUCGCCCGCGCCGCCACCACCCGCGCCUCCGCGGCGUCGACGGCCCCACGGCGGGCGCUAUGGGCGGCUCGUGGAGCCAGGUCAAAAGCAAGAUGCGCAAGCACGGCAAGACUAAGCACCACGGCGGCGGCGCCGACAAGGCGUCGUCGGGCCCCGGGUCGCAGGGCCCGGAGCUGGCGUCGCCCUGGAUCUACGAGAACCCGCAGAACGCCGAGUGCAACAAGCUCAGCGGCAUUACGGGCUGCUCGGGCGGCAAGGUGACGUGCAUCUACCGCGGUGACAACGGCAAGUUCCACAUCCGCCGCCUCACCACCACGUGCUCCUGGCGCAUCGUCAACCCCGAGUGGAGGGGCAAGGACACGGUGGCUUGAGUGUGUUGAUGCUCUCUUUGCUUGAUUAUUUCCCCUUGUUUUAUUAUUCUCUUCUUUUCUUCUUCUUCUCUUGUCUUUUAUUCCAUUUUUCGUCUUCUUUUCUCACUUACAUCCAUUUCAGCGUGGCGUUUCACGGCAUAUCAACGGCGUUGGCGCAUUAUUUUGAUACCACGGUUUUGUAUUUCUUCUUAUCGGAUGAAAACUAGAAGCUCUCUUCUAGCUGGGGUUGGCGUUUUGGAUGCGUGGUUAAAAGGUCAGCAUCGGCAUAGCAUAUAUACGGCGUUUGGGGCUCUUGGGGCAUGCUUCUUGACACGCCCGGGUUCAUUCAUAGUAUUGGGUCCGUCAAUAUCAAAUUUCUCUCAGAC